AUGAAGGCGUUCAUCGUAUUCUCUAUGGCUCUGGCCCUGGCCAGUGCGGCGGCAGUCGACUCUAACUCCAAGAAGGAAAAGCGAGGCCUCUGGGAUCUGGGAUCGGCUCAGCAGGAAUCGUACGAAAGCUACGGCUAUGAGCAGCACCAACCCCAGGAUUACUACCACCACGGCCACGAGUACACCGAGAAGGAGGUCAUCACCAAGAAGGUUCCGGUGCCGUACCCAGUGGAGGUAGAGAAACCGUACCCGGUGGAAGUGAAGGUCCCGUACGCAGUAGAAGUUGAGAAGAAGGUCCCAGUCGUGGUGGAAAAGAAAGUGCCGGUAUACGUCGAGAGGAAGGUUCCCGUCCACGUCGAUCGCCCGUAUCCGGUGGAAGUGAAAGUCCCAGUUGAGGUCCCAGUCUACCAGAAGGAGUACGUCGAGGUCCCGAAACCGUACGCAGUUCAUGUCGAUAAGCCCUACCCGGUGUACGUGAAGGAGCCGGUCUACGUUGAAAAGCCAGUGCCGUUCACCGUCGUUGUCAAGAAGGAACACAAGAAGCCAUUCUGGGGUUAA